CCCGCGGCGCUGGAGGCGGCAGGUUGCGGCGGCGGCGCCGGGCCCCGGAGGGAGCGAGCUGGUCGGACGGAGCCCGGUUCGGUCCCCGAGGCCGGCGGACGCCCAGGGCGGGGAUGCUCUCCGGACUGGUGGCCAUGGAGCUGAAAGUGUGGGUGGACGGGAUCCAGCGCGUGGUCUGCGGGGUUUCGGAGCAGACCACCUGUCAGGAAGUGGUCAUCGCACUCGCCAGGGCUAUCGGCCAGACAGGUCGCUUCGUGCUGGUGCAGCGUCUGCGGGAGAAGGAGCGGCAGCUGCUACCCCAGGAGUGUCCCCUGGGCGCCCAGGCCACCUGCGGGCAGUUUGCCAACGAUGUCCAGUUUGUCCUCCGGCGGACGGGGCCCAGCCUGGCGGGGAGGCCCGCCUCAGAGACCUGCCCCCCUCCGGAGCGCUGCCCCAUCCGUGCCAGCCUCCCCACCAAGACUCCCAAAAGGCCGGCCCUGGGCCGUGAGCCUCGCAAAGCGCUCACCUUCAACCUGGGCUGCACCGGACCGGCCUCCAGCUCCUCACCACCGCCCGAGUCUACCUCUCUGCUGGGCCUGGAGCAGAUAGUGCAGCGGAACGCGGCGGAGCUGGCCCAGGCCGCCUUCUGGGAGCAGGAGCUCCGGAGGGAGCAGGCCCGGGAGCGUGAGGGCCAGGCGCGCCUGCAGGCCCUGAGUGAGGCCACCGCGGAGCACGCAGCUCGGCUGCAGGCCCUGGACGCCCAGGCCCGCGCGCUGGAGGCGCAGCUGCAUCUGGCGGCUGAGGCCCCCGGGGCCCCGAUGUUCCCCACAGCUUCGGCCACCGAGCGCCUGCGCCAGGACCUGGAGGCCCAGGAGCGGCAGGGCGCCGAGGUGCAGGGCAGCCUUGCUUUGGUGAGCCGGGCUCUGGAGGCCGCAGAGAGCGCCCUGCAGGCCCAAGCCCAGGAGCUGGAGGAGCUGAAUCGUGAGCUGCGCCAGUGUAACCUACAGCAGUUCAUCCAACAGGCAGGUUCCACACCGCUGCCCCCACGGCCAGACAGGGUCUCCCCGGAAACACAGGGUCUCUCUUCUCCUACCAGAGAAGACCCUCACUCCGGAUCCCCCCGGAAUCCGGCCUUCUCACCCAGCCUGAGCCCAGAAGUUGCACCUGUGCGGCAAAACUCCUGGAGGUAGCGGCUCCUGUGCCCCCCGCAGUGGGUCGGCAUGGAGAACCCCGCCUUGGUGGUGGGCAUCAGCGAGUGAGCAUGUGUGUGUGUGUGUGUGUCUCCAUGAGCAGUGCUGGGGACAGACCCAUUGCAGGGACCUACAAGGCUGGCUGAGGCCAGUUCCCAAGGCCACAGCUCCAUCUCUGGGGAUCCAGCUGUCUGGACAUUGUGCUCCAAUCUGGAUCCUUCUUGGACAAGAGUGUGUCCUGUUUCUGCUGCAUGUGUAUGUGUAUGUGCGUGCGUGUAUCUGUGUGUGUCUGUGUGUAUGUGUGUGUGCGCGUGUCUCCAUGGUGUGUAUGUGCCCCAGCCUCCCCAACACUAAAACCUCAAUAAAUUGUCCAAAGCA